AUGGACUCCCAGCCUGGGGACCCCGAUGCGACCUCGGGUCCAGUCGACCUCCCCAAUGGCAAGCGCCGCUGGCGGCGCAAUCGGGUCGCCUGCGAUUCAUGCCACGCCCGCCGGGUCCGAUGCGACCGCGCUUUUCCGUGCUCCCGGUGCUUGCGCAGCGACAUCCACUGCGAAUUCACUCGCGAGCGUCGCAAACGAGGGCGCAUUGCACGUGCUAAGCUGGCGACUGGGUCGAGCGUGGCGAAAGAAGCUCCUCCAAGUUAUGCACCCCGAAAAGGAUCCUACGGCGACCAGAAAGCCCCCGUGCAGUCGGCGCUGUCGCCGCUACAGCAGAGCUCUCCAGAGUCCGUUUUCCCGCAUCGAUCGCCCACAACCAACGAUGUGAGCUUGUCUGCGCCAAGCGUGGACGACCCGCACUCGGUAAUAGAGAGCUCUCAUUCUCAGCGACCAGGUUUGGGGCCCGGACCUAGACCCGAAGGGAACGCCACAGAGGAAUGGCUGUCUGCCGCACAUGUUUCGCCCGAGUCCUAUGAUAUCAUAGGGGGUGUGGCCGGUGGUGAUGGACCAUUGCCCCGGCUGUGGGACAUUUGGACUCCUGGUGAUCUGGCGGGCCAUCAUCCCCCCAAGCGCCCGCCGCCGAUCCCGCCGGGAGCUACGCAAACUCACGCCGGUCAGGGAAACCCCACUGGGAGUCGGCCCGGGUUGAAGUACCCAGUGCUGGAACCGGUAAUGCCAUUCCUGGAGUCCAACCUUCCACGUCGCUUAGUGUGCGAUCUACUUCAACUCUACUUUACUAGCGCUUUCUCCACGCACAUGCACCCGGUCUGUCAUCACAUCCACUGCUAUGUCUUGCGCAAGGCCUCGUUCCUAAGCGUCGACUGUCCUCGUCCAAGCAGUCCGGCGUUACUGGCGAGUAUGCUAUGGGUGGCGGCGGUCGAUGAUCGGGCAUUUUCCCUAUCGAUCUCCCCUUUGCAACGCCGCAAGAUAUGCCAAUUUCUCUGUGCACUGACGAUCCGCCUGCUCCGACCCUUGAUUCACGUCUCGUUCAAGGACCAAGAGCCACCUGAAAAUCCUAAUGCACCUCAGGACUUCUCUGCCGCAGCUGCACACCAUCCGUUCGAGGGAGUUGGCGAUGACAAGGGUCUCGUCGGUCCUGCGGGCACACUGGAUGAUGUCAUUACUUACAUUCAUGUCGCGUCGAUCAUCUCCUCCAGUGAGCAGAAGGCUGCGAGUAUGCGGUGGUGGCACGCUGCAUUUACCUUAGCCCGGGAGCUCAAAUUGAACCAAGAAAUUGAGGUCAUGCCGAAUAUUGAUAGCCAGACUGAUGGAUCAAGUCCGUCCUUUGGAUACCCCCUGGCCGGCUGGGCGAGCUCCCCUGGUGGCCCGGUCUUUGACUACUCGAACCCAUCCCGACCGAGCUUAAAUUGCGUCUGCGAGGAAAAGCAGGACCCGCAUAGCGGCUCGGUUGUUACGGAAGAGCAUCGCGAGGAGCGCCGUCGCACCUGGUGGCUGUUGUAUAUCAUGGACCGUCACCUCGCACUGUGUUACAAUCGACCGCUCGCCCUCCUGGAUGCCGAGAGUGAGGACUUACUGCUUCCUCUGGAUGAGGGAUCCUGGCAAGCUGGCCACAUCCAUAGCAACAGCCCCCGCGCAGAUGGUCCACAGUGUCUCCGAUCCGGCGACCGCAACAAACGCCGCGUCUUUCCAAACUUCAUCUGUCAUGACCACUCCAUUCUCGGCUUUUUCUUACCACUGAUGACGAUCACAGGGGAGCUGAUCGACUUGAAUCAAGCGCGGAACCACCCCACUUUGGGGCUCCGACUGCAAGGCAAGGAGGCGUGGGAAGUGCAUGUGGCCGAGGUGCUCCGGCAGCUUGAGAUCUACAAAGCCAGUCUCACGACAUUUGCCACGGCUGAUCCGGAGGCCUCGCUGGCACCUUCCUAUGCCACCAAAUCGGAUCAACCUAUGGAUGCAUCAUUGUCACAGGCCUACUCUUGGCAUACGCAGACCGUGAUGGCCUACUCGUCUUAUCUGGUCCACGUCCUUCACAUUCUCCUUGUUGGGAAAUGGGACCCGGUUUCCCUGAUUGAAGACAAAGAUUUCUGGACGUCUUCGCCGGCGUUUGCAUCCACGAUUUCGCACGCGCUGGAAGCCGCCGAUGCUGUGCAGCAGAUUUUACGGUUUGAUCCGGACAUCAGCUUCAUGCCGUACUUUUUUGGCAUUCAGCUUCUCCAGGGGAGCUUCCUUCUGCUUCUCAUCGUGGAGCGUCUCCAAAAGGAAGCUGGCGAGGGGAUUCUCAAUGCCUGUGAAACCAUGAUCCGGGCCACCGAGUCAUGCGUGGUGACCUUGAACACCGAGUACCAACGUAGUUUCCGGCAGGUGAUGCGCAGUGCCGUCGCCCAGGCUCGGGGUCGCCCUGUGAACCCCAGUGAGAUCCGCCAUCGUCGGAAGGCGGUGUUGGCGCUGUAUCGAUGGACGCGCAAGGGCACUGGGCUGGCUCUUUGA